AUGUCGCUGCGCAUCCCCUCCGUGCAGCUCGCCGCCCCGCACUCGCACACACACGAGGACCUCGCGUACGCGUCCUGCCCCAUCUGCGGCCGCCUCAUACACAUGUGCGACAUGCUGACACACCUCACUACCUCCCACCGGGAGCUGAACCCCACACACUGCAAGAGGAUCUGCAGCGAGCGGCUCGCUCUGUACGAGCGGGUGAUCGGCGUGUCAUUGAAGAAGAUGGAGCUUACAUCCUCCGGCCGCCGCGUCCUCGACUUCCUGCCGACGGUGCUGCACAGCGGCUACAUCUGCAACUGGUGCGACCGCAAGAACGAUGUGUACCCGACGAGAGACAAAUUCCUCAAACACGUCGCUGAUUUACACGCAGAGAUCGACCUCGAGGAUAUUGAAGCGCACGUCCCGCUGCUGCCGCGCGGCGGGUUGGAGGAAAAGAGUAGCGUGCGUGACGAGGCUCGGCCCACGCGACGGCUGAGUGGUGUAGAGGCGCUUGCCGAGAAAUUCACUGCUCCCACCGCUCCACCGCGCCAGGUGGGCAUCAGCAUUCCGCGUAACAUUGAUAAACCACCCGCGGCCCCGGCAAUAUCUGCUGUAUUUACCGACACGGAGUUGCCGUGUGAGUUGUGCGGCAGGACGUUCCAGAGCGAGCUGGACCUGCUGAACCACCUCGAGACGCGGCACCCUGACGGCACCGCCGGUGGGCCCACUGAUAUGGACCCCGCAGCUGUUGCCGACGUGGCGCAGUUCACGGCGAAGGAGGCGACGAAGGGCACAGAGCAGCGCGUGCGCGUUAUAUGCGACCUGUGUCUGUCCUCAUCGAAGGUGUACACGAUGCCGUCCGCGCUUUUCUCACACAUCCGCUUCAAGCAUCCCGGCGAGGACGCCGCGUAUCACGUGGACCGCCUCAUCCGAUUGCAGAAGGAGGCCCCGUCGUUUGUGUGCAAAGUCUGCAAGAAGGUUUUCGCCACCGCCGCCGCGCUUGAGGGGCACUUCGCCACGAAGCACGGAGAGCAGACGGACACAGUGACCGGGCAGGCGCGCGUGUCGAUGACUAACUGCUGGUGGUGCCACGACUGCGAGAAGGGCUUCUCCACCGCGAAGGGGCUGCACGGGCACAUGCAAAACAAACAUGGCCUCUCUACUCAGUCACACCCGUGCCCCGCGUGCAAGCGGGUCUUUGCAGACAUUUACUCGUUGGAGGAGCACAUCACCCUUCAGCACAAGACGAUUCGUCUGAGCGACGUUGGGCUGCAGACACACGCCAGGUGCGCUGUCUGUGACCGCUGCUUCCUCAGCUAUGAGGAGCUGCACCGCCACGCCGUCAAGCACCACAAAAAGGACCCGCGCGCACCCGUUCGGCCCUUCGAGUCUUCACCAGUGAAGAAUAACACACCAAGGGACGAGGCGAAGCCUCCAGCUCCAGCAGCACCACAGGGACCCCGCAAGGUAAAGAGACAGAGGAAGACUACAACCGAAACCGAAACAGAAGCAGCGAGUGAUUGCUGA